AUGGUUGACAGAAAAAUUGGUAUAAUCUUGAUUAUUGCUGGUGUACUUUCUUUAACAAGUGUCAUUCUUUCUCUCUAUAGUAUUUCCAGUGCGAAUUGGUCGAAACUUGGUUUAUAUUCGAUCGGUCUCUUUCAAACAUGUUUGAAUUCUCAAUGUACAAAGAAUCAGUAUGAAACAAGCAAUUCCGAGAUGAAUUCUCCUCCGAUAUUUUCCGGACGACUUUAUAAUGCAGCACCGUUGGCGAUUGUUGCAGUAUUUAUUCAACUAAUUGUCUGUUUUCUUUGUUUUCUCACCGCGUUCAUCUAUUUGCCGCCGAAACCUUCCAUUAUGUGUUAUAUAACACCAUUAUUGAUCUUUCUUGCAUUUAUAUUUCAAUUUGUAACAAUCACUGAAGCAUCAUAUGGAAUUCAUUUGAACGGACCAAGCUCGUCGAUAUUUGAAAGUGCUCUUGUUAUUCAAGUGGUGAUUCUUGUCAUGACAUUUUAUUGUGCGGAUGAUAUUCGUCAAAAUUGUAGUGUGCAAUACGUUUGA